AUGGCCACACCAACGGCGGCGGCUCGCCCGUCGGCCGAGCCCAAGAGUCGGGCCCCGAGCCUGCCCGAACCGGCGGUGGCGGCCGAGCCGGCGGCGGCCGAGCCGGCGGCGACGAUCGAUGUCGCCGGCUUCCAAGCCCUUGCCGCGGCGGCACGGCCUCAGACCCGGACGCGCGCCGUGCGCGAGGUGGUGCGUGCGAUGCGUGCGCUGGCCAAGGGCGGAAAGAGAGCGCUCGCUGCGCCGAACAAGGUUCUGGAGCUUAGGCUAGCGGUCGGCGCGCUGCCGCCGAGCUCGACGCGGAGCGAGCUGGUGGCUGCGGUCGAGGUGCUGGAUGUGGCUGCGGUUCGUGCGUUUGCGGCAGCCGAGUCUGAGGACGAGGGCUUGGAGCUGCCUGUGGCGGCAUGCGAGCGUGUAGCUGCACUUGUGGCUGCACUGUGA